AUUAUUUAAAAUUAUACAAACCCUUUUUGUUAUUAUAAUUGCAUUCAGUUGUUGAGAGAUGCGCUGAUAACACUAUUCGAAAACCGAUAAAGGUUAUAGUGCUUUAGAAUGUAGUUGGUGUCCAUCAAGUUUCAGUAUAUUUGUUAGUAUCUCAUUCAAGUGUACCUAAAUCGGAAUAAACAGGAUCAAUCGUCAUGCAGUCAGUCAGUGAAUUUAGAUUGGCAGUAACUGAGGUACUUCUGUACUCAGCCAUUAUUUUCGUUGUCGUUUUGUGGUGCCGCUACAAAUGGAACAAAAGACACAUCGAUAGAUUGGACGCAAAAUUGAAAGGUCCUCCGGCAUAUCCUAUUAUUGGCUCAGCACUAGAGCUUCUUGGCACACCCGAACAGGUUAUAAAUGUAUUACUGGGAUUCUACAAAAAUUUCGGUUCGGAGCCUUUUAAAAUAUGGUUAGGUCCUUUUUUUGGGGUGUACAUUGUUAAACCAGAAGACGUACAAAUUGUGUUAAAUAAUUCAAAAGCUUUACAAAAGGACAGGUUUUAUGAAUUUAUCAAAAAUAUUUUUGGAGAAGGCUUGCUAACUGCACCAGUUGAUAAAUGGCGAAAACACCGUCGACUUAUUACUCCUAUAUUUAAUGCCAACCUACUAAGUCAGUUUUUUCCUGUAUUUAAUGAGAAAAACAAGAUUCUAAUUAAAAAUCUAGAAAAAGAAUUAGGUAAAACACAACCAUUUGACCUCUGGGACUACAUUGCACCUACCACUCUUAAUUUAAUAUGUCAAAAUGCAAUGGGUUACAAUCUUGACAGUCACUCAGAUAUUGGGUCUGAGUUCGAAAAAGCUAUGAUCAAAGCAUCAGAAUUGGAUUCAGUAAGGAUUUACAAACCAUGGUUGUUUCCAAAUAUUUUUUUUUCUCUAUUUCUUAGACUUCAAGGACAGUCUAAUGUCUUCAAAACUUUGAAAAAACUGCCAUUGAAGAUGAUCAAUGAAAAAAAAGAAGUUUUUGCACAAAAGAAAAUAAUAAAAGAAACGAGUGUCAUAUAUAAUACCGAAGAAAAAAAAAAUAAUUUAAAAGUAUUCUUGGACACGUUAUUUGAAUUGAACGAAGCUGGUGCGAACUUUUCUGAUAAUGAUAUUCUUGAUGAGGUGGUUACAAUGAUGAUUGGCGGUAGUGAAACCAGUGCUAUUACACUAUGUUUUUCUCUUUUAUUAUUGGCUAUCCAUCCUGAUAUCCAAUCUAAGGUUUACGAUGAAAUUUACGACGUAUUUGGUGAUGGAGAUCAAACAAUUACCACUGAAGACACUACUAAACUUGUGUAUUUAGAACAAGUCUUAAAGGAAACCCUUCGAUUAUUCCCAGUUCUACCUGUGGUAUUUAGAGAACUUCAAGAUGAUAUUAAAAUUAUUUCUGGUAAUCACGUGCUGCCAAAAGGUACUACGUGUUAUAUAGCCCCCUUAUUCAUUCAUCGUGAUUGUGAUUUAUAUCCAAAUCCAUUGAAUUUUAAUCCAGAGAACUUCAGCCAAGAGAAUAUUUCUAAACGUCAUAAGUAUAGCUUUAUAGCUUUUAGUGGUGGACCGAGAGGCUGCAUUGGAUCUAAAUAUGCUAUGCUGUCAAUGAAAGUGAUGAUGUCUACGUUCUUGAGAAAUUAUAGCGUACACACAAGCUGUACAUUUAAUGACAUUAAGUUGAAAUUAGAUUUAUUAUUGAGAAGUGCUAAUGGUUAUCCCGUAACCAUUCAAACGAGGGACAGAAGACCAUCAUAUAAAUUAAAUUAAUACUGGAAUAUAUUGCUUAGAUGAUAAAUAGUGUUUGCAGUAUAGAUGAAAUACGUGGUGAAAUAUUUCACAAAAAAGUAAAAUAUUGAAGAUAUCAAUGCCUUGAGUAUUGUGGUUUACAUAAUAGUGAUAAUAUCAUAUUACGGUCUUGUUUUCGACUGUUAAUACCUAGCGAAACUUUAUUUUUUUUCCCAGGAAUCGACUCAUCUUCGACGACAAUGCAAUAAUGAUACUAUUUAUGUAACUAAAUAUAAGCUAAUAUAAUUUUAUAAUUAAUUAUUAUUACAAAUCUAUUUUUAACAUUGUAGAUGACUGUCGAUAUUUUCUUUUCUUAAUUUAAAUUUUAAACAUGUUUUUUUAUACUUGGUUUACAUUCAUUUAUCAUAAAAAAAAAUCUUAUGGUUUUUAAUUAGUGUGUAGUGUAAUUUAAUAUUUAUUGAAAUAUAACAUCAUAAUUCAAUAUUCAUUUGUGUAGAAACGUUUAUCGAGUUCAGAAUUUGUGCAACAUGGGUAAACAUCAUAGGCGUAGGGUGAUCAAAUUUUUUUUGGCGAACUUGGUUCUUCCAGGGGCAGAUAUGUAACGACUCGUGGGGAGACUUUGCCCCCCCCCCCCAAACCAGCGUACAUCUGCAGAUAUACAUCAUAAAAUACAAAUAACAUGUGACAAUCUAAGGUUUUAUUAAAAAAAUUUUUUUUACUUAUAAAAUUAAACGUUUAUUUUAUUUAGAAUAUAUCACUAAAAUAUCAUCAGAAUUGGUACUAUUUGAUACAUCUCUUUCAAUAUUGAUAAUAGCUAAAGACGAAAAACGAUCAUGACUCGGGCAGUUUUUAGCUACAACAAUUUCCCCUUAACCACGUAAUAUCGACAGAUGAAACCAACGCACUAUUGUAUAAUAUUAUAACUUAUAAGAAAUGUAAUGGAUAAAAUGGCAUAAAACAAUUGAUUUAAAUUUUAAAUAUCGUAUAAAUGAUUGAUUUGAAUGUUUUUUGAAUUUAGAUGGCCCGAAGUUUUUUUUUUUUUGGGGGGGGGGGGCUAAGCACUCACAAGCCACUUAACUAUGCUUAUGAAGAAAUGCUCUUAUAAAUAGUAAAAAUAGGUAGGUAAACUGUUACUAUUACAUAAUAUUACACA